UUACUAAAAAAGACACCCGAAAAAUUUACUUUUGGGUGAUAUUUUUAUACAGUAUGGAUGUGUAGCUAUUUUGAAGUUUUAUAUAGUUUAAAAACUGCAACUCUUAUGUCUAGAUUAUACUUUAUAACUUGAUAAACUCGCAACAAAAUGUCUGGACGUGGAAAAGGAAAGACCGCUGGGGGAAAGAGUGGAAAACCUGCUGGGGUGAAGUCAAAAUCGCGAUCUAUGAGAGCUGGACUUCAAUUUCCGGUUGGUCGUGUUCAUAGAAUGCUGAAGAAGGGACAUUAUGCGGAAAGAGUUGGUGCUGGCGCUCCUGUUUAUCUUGCUUCAGUUCUGGAGUAUUUGACUGCUGAAAUACUGGAACUGGCAGGCAAUGCUGCCAGGGAUAAUAAAAAAGCGCGUAUUAUACCAAGACAUAUGCAGCUUGCUAUUCGUAAUGACGAAGAAUUAAACACUUUACUUGGUCAUGUCACUAUUGCACAAGGAGGAGUUCUACCCAACAUUCAAUCUGCUCUUCUGCCAAAACAAACCGGUCAAAAGAAGAUUGCUACCUCCCAGUCUCAAGAUUAUUAGGAAUAAAAUUGGAUUUCUGAUUUUAGCUAUUACAGUUUAUUUCUUUCAGGAGGAUUCUUUCCAAUUAAAUUUGUUGAUGUUGUUAUUGGAUAAAUGAAUUUUGCUUUGUUCGUCAUCGUAUGCCUCCCACUGCCACCUUGUGCUUUUUUGUUUUGUGUUAAACCGAUUAUUCGUGAAAAUAAAAAACCCUUUUUUUGA